AUGACAAACAAGCCACAGCAGGAUCCUCGUCAAAUGCUGCACUCGCUCGAUGCAUGGCGCAAGUCUCUCGCUGUCAAGAUGCAUGUGGAUGUGAGCAUCGGAGCCGACGUGUACUAUCUGACUAUGCAAGCUGUGAGCUACAGAUUUGAGUGCGUCUUGUGUCGUUUGAUACGACGCUGUUGGCAGCAGACUCAACAUGCGGACUGGAGCGAGUGGGCCAAACAGCGACUUCGCUCCGCUAUUUUGGAACUGGAUACAAUUACCAAGAGGGUGCUGGCGAUAUACAAGCGCGAAAAAUGGAGAGCUAAUGAUGAGAUUGCCAGUAUAACGACAAUAAUUGCUCUCCUCGCUCUACACAUCGAAUCGGCCCUCGAUCCAACCGAGACCGACCUCGUUCGCUCCAUGGCCCAGAUCUCUAUCAGCCAGACAAUGCUUGUUCUCACGCAAGGAAAAGAAAUUCCAGCCCUGAAACGGGCCUUGCCAUUGUUCGAGGAGAUUCUUGACAAGAAGAAUUUAUACUUGGUCCCGCCCAGCAGUGUUGGUCAAAUACAAGAUAAAACCUUGGUGGAUGCAGAUGCUUCGCUGCAUAUGCAGGCAGAGCAGUAUGAGAAUAAUCCGUUGCUCUAUGAUGAUUUCCUAGGAUUUGAUCUACUGGACGAGUGGCAGAUUGGGCAGAUGGAUUUUAUUGGUUAA